CAGGCACUGUGCCCAUCCCCUCUGCCAUGUGGGAGCUGCAGUCGGCCUCCUUCUGGAGGGCCAUAUUUGCCGAGUUCUUUGCCACCCUCUUCUACGUCUUCUUCGGGCUGGGGGCCUCGCUGCGUUGGGGCCCUGGGGCCCUGCACGUCUUGCAGGUGGCUCUGGCCUUUGGCCUGGCCCUGGCCACGCUAGUGCAGGCGGUGGGCCACAUCAGUGGAGCCCAUGUCAAUCCUGCAGUCACUUUUGCCUUCCUUGUGGGCUCCCAGCUGUCCCUGCUCCGUGCCUUCUCCUAUAUGGCGGCCCAACUCCUGGGAGCUGUGGUGGGGGCUGCCAUGCUGUACAGUGUCACCCCACCUGCUGUCCGAGGAAACCUAGCGCUUAACACGUUGCACCCUGGGGUGAGUGUGGGCCAGGCCACCGUGGUGGAGAUCCUCCUGACGCUGCAGUUCGUGCUCUGCAUCCUUGCCACCUACGAUGAGAGGCGGAAUGGCCGCCUGGGCUCCGUGGCCCUGGCCGUUGGCUUCUCCCUCACCCUGGGGCACCUCUUUGGGAUGUAUUAUACUGGUGCAGGCAUGAACCCUGCCCGCUCCUUUGCUCCUGCCAUUCUCACCAGAAACUUCACCAACCACUGGGUGUACUGGGUGGGCCCAAUCAUCGGAGGGGGCCUGGGCAGUCUCCUCUAUGACUUCCUCCUCUUCCCCCGGCCCAAGAGUGUUUCUGAGAGACUGUCUGUUCUCAAGGGCACCAGGCCCAGGGACGCCAGUGCACAACCAGAGGGCACAGGGGAGCCUGUUGAAUUGAAGACCCAGGCCCUGUGAAAGCUCCCGUUGGACAGAGGGAGCAGGAAGCUUCUGAGUUUAUGUGGAGGGGCUAAGCCACCCCUGGAUGAAGAAAGAGGCUGUGGGGAGGGGCUUGUACUUC